GCCACCACACCCGACGCAGUCAUCGUGCGAGUGUCCACCGAGAAAAAGCACACCGAGUCGUGGGACAACAUCUUCAAGAGGCCUGGCGACUCGGCCAGGGCCUGGGCUCGCGAGGUUGGCUCCGACGGCAUUCAGGAGAAGCUCAGGGACGCGUUCAAGUUCCACGCCCAGGACGACAUCAUCAUGGGCCUCUGGCGCAUGGAGGUCCCUGCACUCACUGAGCUGCUCGCGCGCUCAGGGCACCGAGGUCCCUCUGGGCUUCGCUUCUUCGUGGGGCCGGCGAGGUGGCAGGCGCCCUGCCCACCUCCAUGUGGCUGCGACUACUCCAACAAGAAGAUGGACACCGAGUCCUGGUCCCAGUUCGCCGACAGGCUGUACCAGCGCUGUGGGCCUCUUGGAGUUGCUCGGGGCGAUCGCAGUCUGGGGCUUCGCCAACCCUGGCUCGCCACCGACGGCAGGGUUCGCGCUUGGAAGCUAGAGCAUGUACCAGCUGGCCACAGCUACACCGACGUCCACAACACUGCCAGGGAGAACGGCCUCAAGGACGUGGAGUUCAUCGCCGACAGGCACCGCCCCAAGGGGCUGAAUGCACGACAGUCCACACCCACCGACCACGAGACUGUCAGGUACAACAUCGCCAAGGCGAUGCAGGGCCGAGGGCAGCAGCACUGGUCUCCCUUCUGGGACGGCAAGGCACCAGAGCGAGAAAAGCGACCACUACCAGGGGGCUUCUCUGCCUACUGCAUGGCCAUGUCCAAGCUCGGGGCCUGGCUCGGCAACCUCGAGCUGGCAGUGUCCGUGGCGCACUAUAAGAUCCCACUGACGUUGUGCCAACGUGGCGCCUCGGCAGCUUCCUCGAAGGCAUCCACGCCCACCAUCUGCCGCUUAUGGCGCCAACAGGCACUGGCAGAGCAGGACAAGGCUUCCACAAUCGGCGACGUGGCCAACAUCGACGACCUUGACGACUUCGAGGGCUCCAGCACUCCACCACCCAAGGCUGCCCUUGCAGCUGAGGCCUCGGGGAGCAAGAGACCGACCACGACCACUUGGACGUGCCCCACUGCCUCCUGCAAGGGCUUCACCAUCUGGGGCAAGUACCUCUAUAGCAAGAAGAACGCCCACAUUGCCUUCUACCACGAGAAGCAGGCCAAGGACUUGAGGAUCGUCAUGCCCACCCUGGUCGGGGCCUUCCCUGGCAAGGAGCUCACGUGGACGUGCCCACUCUGCCCCAUGGGCCUCGUCGCGACACCCACUACGCAGACAGCGCGAGAAGCACCCUUCACGCAUCGUCUUCAACACCAUUCCAAGGCACACGUGAAGCAGUUCUACCUCAAGAAGGGGAGCACAGUCCACCAGGCGCAGGCCAUGCAGGCCCAAGCCAGGCGCUCCCGAGGACUGCUCAAGGCCAAGAUCACCGGCCACAAGCUCGAGUACUUUCGCAUGCCUUAUGGCCCUCGUCGCGACAGAACCCAUGUACGCUGUCGUCGGCGUUGGCGCCAGGCUGGCUCAGUCAACAGGCCGGGGGUCUGCCAGGCCAUCGCCAGACCAGCGGGCAAGCUGGAGGUCACCAUCAGGCAGGCUCCGAAGGCCCUCACCGAGGAAGGCGACCCCGCCCACAAGCAGGAGAUCCAGGACUAUCUCGACUUUUGUCACCAG